CUUAUCUUCACCAUCGUUUCGACCACCAACUGAAAACUCAUUCCUCAUCCGAAUUCUUCAUUCUCCAUUUUCCCCUUUUUUUCAUAAACCCAGAAUAAAAUGGCAAACGCUCUAUACUUCACCACUAUAAAUUCCUUCAAAACUCCAACCAAACCAGGUGUUGCAAUCGACUCACAUGCUCCAAAGGUUCAGCGCAUCGACAUCUUCCGACAUCAAAAUGCCAACUUUCAGACCCUAAAGCCUAAGGCUACAGGCAAUAAUCAACGAACGAAACCUAAUAGCAUUGUCUGUGCUGAUUGUGAUGGGAAUGGUGCUGUGUUGUGUUCGCAAUGCCAAGGUACUGGAGUGAAUUCUGUGGACCACUUCAAUGGGCAGUUUAAAGCUGGUGGAAUAUGUUGGCUUUGCAGAGGUAAGAGGGAUAUUUUGUGUGGGAACUGCAAUGGCGCCGGUUUCAUGGGAGGUUUCAUGAGCACUCAGGACGAUUGAGAUUUUGAGGUAAUUAGACAUGCCGGCAGGUCAUUAGCCUUCAAGACUCGAGAAAAAGGGACCGAUGGUUUCAUGAAUAUUGUUAUGUGAUGGCGUCUGUAACCACAUCAUUAAACAAGUCUUUUUGACUCUAAUGAAUGUAAAACGUUAAUUGAAUUUUAUUUCAACAUCAAAUGCUCCUUUCCUUGUUUGCUAGAAA